GAAGAGGCGGGUCUAGCCCGGAAGGAAGUCCGGUGUUGAUGGCUGUGUUGUCGUACGGCCUGUAGCUAGGGUCUCGGUCCGGCCUCACGGUUGGCCCUUUCACUGGGCUGGUUCCCGGCCCAGGACCGGCCCGGCCCGUUCCGGGUGAGACUGCUGUGGUGACUGCUCGCCGCCAUGCACGACGCCUUCGAGCCGGUGCCAAUACUAGAAAAGCUGCCUCUGCAGAUCGACUGUCUGGCUGCCUGGGAGGAAUGGCUUCUUGUUGGCACCAAACAAGGACAUCUUCUUCUCUAUAGGAUCCGGAAGGACACUGGUUGCAACAGGUUUGAAGUGACACUAGAGAAAUCCAAUAAAAACUUCUCCAAAAAGAUUCAGCAGAUCCAUGUGGUUUCCCAGUUUAAGAUUCUGGUCAGCUUGUUAGAAAAUAACAUUUAUGUCCAUGACUUACUGACAUUUCAACAAAUCACUACGGUUUCAAAGGCAAAGGGAGCCUCACUGUUCACAUGUGACCUCCAGCACACAGAGACCGGUGAGGAGGUGCUGCGGAUGUGUGUGGCCGUGAAAAAGAAGCUGCAGCUCUACUUCUGGAAGGACAGGGAAUUCCAUGAAUUGCAGGGGGACUUUAGUGUACCAGAUGUGCCCAAGUCCAUGGCCUGGUGCGAAAAUUCUAUCUGUGUGGGUUUCAAGAGAGACUACUACCUAAUAAGGGUGGAUGGAAAAGGGUCCAUCAAAGAGCUCUUUCCAACAGGAAAACAGCUGGAGCCAUUAGUUGCACCUCUGGCGGAUGGAAAAGUGGCUGUGGGUCAGGAUGAUCUCACCGUGGUGCUCAAUGAGGAGGGGAUCUGCACACAGAAAUGUGCCUUGAACUGGACAGACAUACCAGUGGCCAUGGAGCACCAGCCUCCCUACAUCGUUGCAGUUUUACCUCGAUAUGUGGAGAUCCGAACAUUUGAACCAAGGCUUCUGGUCCAGAGCAUUGAAUUGCAAAGGCCCCGCUUCAUUACCUCGGGAGGAUCAAACAUUAUCUAUGUGGCCAGCAAUCAUUUUGUUUGGAGACUCAUUCCUGUCCCCAUGGCAACCCAAAUCCAACAGCUUCUCCAGGACAAGCAGUUUGAAUUGGCUCUACAACUCGCAGAAAUGAAAGAUGAUUCCGACAGCGAAAAGCAGCAACAGAUCCAUCACAUCAAGAACUUGUAUGCCUUCAACCUCUUCUGCCAGAAGCGUUUUGAUGAGUCUAUGCAGGUCUUUGCUAAGCUUGGCACAGAUCCUACCCAUGUGAUGGGCCUGUACCCGGACCUGCUGCCCACAGACUAUAGGAAGCAGCUGCAGUAUCCUAACCCGCUGCCUGUGCUCUCGGGGGCUGAAUUGGAGAAGGCACACUUAGCUCUGAUUGACUACCUGACACAGAAACGAAGCCAGUUGGUGAAGAAGCUGAAUGACUCUGAUCACCAAUCUAGCACCUCCCCGCUUAUGGAAGGCACUCCCACCAUCAAAUCCAAGAAGAAGCUGUUGCAAAUCAUUGACACCACCCUGCUCAAGUGCUACCUCCAUACAAAUGUGGCCCUGGUGGCCCCUCUGCUGCGCCUGGAGAACAACCACUGCCACAUCGAGGAGAGCGAGCACGUGCUGAAGAAGGCGCACAAGUACAGCGAGCUGAUCAUCCUCUACGAGAAGAAGGGGCUCCAUGAGAAAGCUCUGCAGGUGCUGGUGGACCAGUCCAAGAAGGCCAACUCGCCUCUGAAAGGCCACGAGAGGACAGUGCAGUAUCUGCAGCAUUUGGGCACAGAAAACCUGCAUUUGAUUUUUUCCUACUCGGUGUGGGUGCUGCGAGACUUCCCAGAGGAUGGCUUGAAGAUCUUUACCGAAGACCUCCCGGAGGUGGAGUCUCUGCCACGUGACCGAGUGCUUGGCUUCUUAGUGGAGAAUUUUAAGGGUCUGGCUAUUCCUUAUCUGGAACAUGUCAUCCACGUUUGGGAGGAGACAGGCUCUCGGUUCCACAACUGCCUGAUCCAGCUGUACUGUGAGAAGGUGCAAGGUCUGAUGAAGGAGUAUCUCCUGUCCUUCCCUGCAGGCCAAACUCCAGUUCCUGCUGGAGAGGAAGAUGGUGAGCUGGGAGAAUACCGACGGAAGCUCCUUAUGUUCUUGGAAAUUUCUGGCUACUAUGAUCCAGGCCGGCUAAUCUGUGACUUUCCUUUUGAUGGCCUCUUAGAAGAGCGCGCACUGCUGCUGGGCCGCAUGGGGAAGCACGAGCAAGCGCUCUUCAUCUACGUGCACAUCCUGAAGGACACAAAGAUGGCCGAGGAGUACUGCCACAAGCAUUACGACCAAAACAGAGAUGGCAGCAAAGACGUGUAUCUGUCCCUGCUCCGGAUGUACCUGUCACCCCCCAGUGUUCACUGCCUGGGACCAAUCAAGCUGGAACUGCUGGAGCCACAAGCCAACCUCCAGGCCGCCCUGCAGGUCCUUGAGCUGCACCAUAGCAAGCUGGACACCACCAAGGCCAUCAACCUUCUACCAGCAAACACUCAGAUUAACGAUAUACGCAUCUUUCUGGAAAAGGUCUUGGAAGAAAAUGCACAAAAAAAACGGUUCAAUCAAGUGCUCAAGAACCUUCUCCAUGCAGAAUUUCUGAGGGUCCAGGAAGAGCGGAUUUUACACCAGCAGGUGAAAUGCAUCAUCACGGAGGAGAAGGUCUGCAUGGUGUGUAAGAAGAAGAUUGGGAACAGUGCAUUUGCAAGAUACCCCAACGGAGUGGUCGUGCACUACUUCUGUUCCAAAGAGGUCAACCCGGCUGACACCUGAGCCCAGCAUGCCAGGGACUCUUCUCAUGGACAGUCGGCUAUCCCAGAGAAGGGAAGGAGCACCGGCCUUAGGAAUGGGAGGCUGCUUCCACCACCAGGUGUCUCCCCAUUUGGACACUCCUGGCUACCUUGAGCCCUGGAACAUCUCUGAGUUUAUCAGACUUGCGGUCUGGUGUUACCAGCUUUUUGAUAGAAAAAAGAGAUUAGCUAUACCUUAUAUACUAUUGUGUUGCAGGCAAUUUCGGAGAAUUUACUACCUGCUUGGACGGGAGGAGGUGGGGAAGGCCAUUGUCCUGCCUUUGCACACCAAUCACCUGAACAAGGAAAGUGUCUCAAGUGUCUGUAACCCUGAGAUUGUUUAUGCAGAGUUUUCUUUUAAGACACGUGCAGGACUUGGCGUGGAGCCCCCUGCGCGGUGGCCUGGAGCCUGGGAGGAGAGCCUUCCUAGAGCUCCUCUUGCCAUGCGGGCCGGCCCUGGCUCUCCAGGUGAUGACAGUCAUUUCUCUGUAGCCGCCAGAGCCCCUGUCCCCCGGGUUCUGCCCGCUCACCAUGUCCUGUUUCAGUCUCCGUUUCGUCCUCACUAUUGAUUUUCUUCCUUUAUCUCUCCCCUCACUGCUUCCCCCCACGCUUUGUCUCCCGUUUUCCCCACACCGGGGAUAACUAAUACUUAAGGUAAAAUGAGAAGCAAGAGGAAGUCUCAGUUUCCAGGGUACACUGACAACUGAUUGUCAGGUAUGUUGUAAACAGGUCCUCCUUGGACUGAGAGCUCUGUGCCUAGAAGCUUAGGGGAGCGUCGUCCUCCCUCCCCUGGGGCCAAGUGUGACAGUGGUUCUCAGGAUGGCCUGCACUGGGCAUAUGACCUCUUAGGCAGACACCUGUGGAGGCCCCCCUUCCUGGGUCACCCACCAGCCACCCAGGACAGGUUUGCUUGGUCUCUGUGAGCCGAGUGCUUUGUGCUUUGGCACCUUUCUCUUUGCAGCCAGUGUCGUCCGCUUACCUCACGGUUGGCCUGGCCGUCCUUCUCCAGCUUUGUUGUGCAGGGGUUGGAGGACUGCGCCGGCCUGUUGUAGGUAGGGGGUCUCUGUUACACGACCGAUCAGAUCAGGAGCUGACGGGGAUGGGAGGUCGGGCAUGCUUGUGAGGUGCCCGGGGACAGCCGAAAGCGCGCGGGAGGUGGCCGCGGCAGCCGCACACGGGUUUAUGAAGGAACUCAGCGCCAGAUCCCCGGAGCACUUGUAGGGGGCAGGGAGACACCCCCCCCCCCCCCCCCCGCCCAGGGCACUGGAGGCACACAGAAGGAGUGUCUAGCACAGCAGGCCACAGACCUACGGGGAGAGCGGCCCUGCAUCCUGUCCUCCCUGGGGUCUUGCAGACUCAGUCUUGAUGCUUCUGUGUUUUUAAUGGUGGGAAGGGUGGGCGAUGGUGCCCGGCCCUGACAGUGUUUGAGUAGCCUGGCCUUGACAGAUCUUGGUUCUUUGUAAACCACAGCACCGCGCCAUGUGGGGUCUGUGUCGUAGGCCGCCUUGUGGGUGUUGUAGACUAGGCGCCUCCCAGGCACACUGCCCAGGGAGGGUUCGGAAGUACAGAGUGCAUGCCCUCAGCAUCACACACCCAGACAGGGACUCUGCUCAGGUCUGGAAGGCAGAGCAGCGCUUCGGAAGAGCUGUGUCCCACUUGGCCAUACCAACCCACGAGAAGCCCUGCUGCCCUUGGACCUGUUUGCACCAGCUCGAAGGAGCUUCCCCUGGGAGCAGCAGUGAAGUCAUCAGGCCAGCCCUCUGUGCAGCAGGAACCCGCCCCACCCCGCCCCGCAAACCCUGUCUUCCCGGCUUUCUGUGUUUGUAUCUUCCAUUCCCACAACCUGUGUGGCACAUCUGUUUGAAGCAAUAGAAUAAAGAACGUGUGUUUUCUUCCUUCUGGAAUACAUACACGACCCAGUUUUCCCAGACUCCAUUCUUCUUCCCUAGGCUCUCUUUGCCCUCUCUGGAGGUAUGGAGAAGGCUAGAGAUGAAAGCUCUGUAAUGACUCAUGAGGAUCUCUCAUAAUAAACAUCAGAAAGCAAGAAACCAGCCUAUGUGAGUCUCUUCUCCCCCCGCCUUUCCUGUGAAGUUUGAUGGAAAUAACAGGAGAUAAUGAUUUAGCUAAGAAUUGAGAAUAAGCCAAUUAACGAUAAAGAAAAAAAGUCAGUGUGACACCUCUGUCCUGUCUGUCUCAAUCUGUGCCAUCCAGCACAGCUAGUGUGGCUGGCGGCUGAUGGUUGGACGGUGUGCGUGUAGAACAUUUCCAGCCUCACCAAGUUCUGUUGGACACCCUGGAACUCUAGCUAAUCCCGAUUGUUUUCCCCUUGCACUUCACAUAGUAGGGCCUCAUGCCUCUUCCUGCAGCUCCUAAUGACUGGGAGAGUCAUGAAAGGUGUGGACUUGGUGGGAUUGAAGGGCCCAAGGAUGUUUGAGAAAGGUU